CACAACAGAAGAAACCGAAACCGAACCAACAGAGAAGCAGAAGCUGAAGAAAGCUGAGACAACCCUCUCUCCUUUUUCUCUCCCUUUUUUAUUUUCUGGUUUUUUUUGUCCUCAACAAACUUCAACCUCCUUCCUUCUUCUUCUUUCUUCUUUCUUCUUCCUUCUUCAUCACAAAGCCCUAUUCUCUUCGUAACUUACGCUUUCAGUAUCAGAAACGUAAACCCCCUCGAUUUCGCCACCUCAGCUUUUCUUGAUUUCCGCCACCAAACAAUCACCGCAUUUCUUCCGCCUCUGUAUCCACGAUUGAGCUUCGCCGGAUUCGAAUAUCGGAGCGGAGUUUUCCGGUCUCUGCAUGUUCGAUUUCCCGUUGAUUUGAGUGAAUUUUGAUCUCCCUAGGGUUUUUGGUUCCGCUGUGAUUCACCAAUGCCGUGUUAGAAUCGGCUCGGAUUUCGAGUCCGUGGAGGUUUUGAUUGAGAAUUUUGAGGUCUGAAUCGGAGCGGAAAUGAUGGUGUCGGCGUCGCCGUCGAUUGUGGCGAGGAGCUCGUUGGAGGAAAUGCUCGAUUCGCUGCGGCGGAGAGACGAGGCCGAGCAGCCGAAGGAGGUGCCGCCGGCAUUGCCGUCCCGGCCGACUUCCAAGGCGCGGUUGCCGUCGGCGCGCCGCUCCUUGCCGUACAAUUUCACUGUGGAGAAGGUGGACCGGUCGCCGGAGUGGGCCCCCAGCGCCAGUGUGAACAAGAGGAAGGAGAGGGAGGUGGUUGGGGGCAGGAGGUGUAAUUUUGGCGCCAAGAGGACGGAGAAGGAGGUGGAGUCGCCGUAUGUUGCGGCGGCGGAGGAGGAGGAGGAGGAGCUGCCGUGCCGGCAGAAGGUGGCUAAGUCUGAUUGGGAUGAUAAUGUUGGUUAUUUCAUGAAGAAGAAACUUAAGGUGUGGUGUCGGCUACCUAGUGGACUAUGGGAGUCAGGAACGAUUCAAUCAACGUCCGGGGAUGUCGCAUUUGUGUCGGUCUCUGAUGGAAAUGUAAUCAAAGUGCCUAGAGGGGAGCUCUUACCAGCAAACCCAGAUAUUCUGGAAGGAGUGGAUGAUCUUGUGCAGCUGAGCUAUAUAAAUGAUCCUUCUGUUCUUUGCAAUCUUCAGUCGAGAUAUUCUCAGGACUUGAUUUAUAGCAAAGCAGGGCCAGUGUUGAUUGCAGUGAAUCCUUAUAAAGAUGUCCAAAUUUGUGGAGAUGAUCUUGUUGCAGCUUAUAAGAAGAAGCUAGUAGACAGACCUCAUGUUUACGCAGUAGCAGAUGCUGCUUACAAUGAGAUGAUGAGAGAUGAUGCGAAUCAGUCCAUCAUCAUAAGUGGGGAAAGUGGAGCUGGGAAAACUGAGACAGCAAAGAUUGCAAUGCAAUACUUGGCUGCUCUUGGCGGUGGGAGUUGUGGCAUUGAAAAUGCAAUCCUUCAGACCAACUGCAUACUGGAAGCAUUUGGAAAUGCAAAAACAUCCAUAAAUGAUAACGCUAGCCGAUUUGGGAAGUUGCUUGAAAUUCGUUUUACCUCGGUGGGAAAAAUAGAUGGUGCUGAAAUUCAAACCUUGUUACUUGAAAAGUCAAGAGUGGCUCGACUGGAAACUGGUGAGAGGUCGUACCAUAUCUUUUAUCAACUUUGUGCUGGUGCUCCAUCAAUACUUAAAGAGAGGCUGAAUCUGAAAAUGGCUAGUGAUUACAACUAUCUUAGUCAGAGUGGUUGCUUGGCAAUUGAUGGUGUAGAUGAUGCUCAGAAGUUUCACUUGCUCAUGGAUGCGUUUGAUACUCUUCAAAUUUGUAUAGAAGAUCAAGAAGAGGUGUUUUCUAUGCUGGCAGCUGUGCUAUGGCUCGGAAACAUAUCAUUUGAAGUGAUGGACAAUGAAAAUCAUGUGAAAGUGUUGGCUGGUGAAGCUGUAACCACUGCUUCCAGGCUGAUGGGAUGUAGCACCGAGGAGUUAAUGCUAGCUUUAUCCACCGAUGACAAUGCUGUUGAAGAUAGUAUAGAUAACAGAUCGACUUUGCAGCAGGCCACUGAUGCAAGGGAUGCAUUGGCAAGAUUUAUCUACAUGAGCUUGUUUGACUGGCUUGUAGAACUCAUGAACAAGUCUCUCCAAGUGGAAAGAUGCUCGACUGGAAGAUCAAUCAGUAUACUUGAUAUAUACGGGUUUGAGUCACUACAGAAGAACAGUUUUGAACAGAUGUGUACUAACUAUGCAAAUGAGAGGCUGCAACAGCAUUUAAAUCGGUAUUUAUUAAAGCUUGAACAGGAGGAAUGUGAAUUGGAUGGGGUUGAUUGGGCUAAAGUAGAUUUUGAAGACAACCAAGAGUGCUUGGAUCUUUUUGAAAAGAAACCUUCAGGGCUACUAUCGUUGUUGGAAGAAGAAUCUAGUUUUCUGAAGGCAACUGAUUUGACCCUUGCCGAUAAGUUUAAGCAGCAGUUGAAAGGGAAUUCUUGCUUUAAAGCAGAAAGAGGCGGAUCUUUCAGUAUUCAUCACCAUGCUGGAGAGGUCUUAUAUGACAUAAGUGGCUUCCUGGAAAAGAGCAGAGAUUCGUUGUCCUCUGCUACCGUCCAGCUGUUAUCAUCAUGCAGCAGUCAGCUUCUGCGAUUAUUUACCUCUGAAAUGCUUAAGAAAUUCCAGGAACCAGCAGCAACAUCUUGUCAGAUGAAUGCAUUGGACUCUGCAAAACCAAGUGUUGGUGUUAAGUUCAAGGGCCAAUUAUUCAAACUAAUGCACCAGUUGGAGAGUAGCAGACCUCACUUUGUUCGCUGUAUAAAGCCGAACAAUAAGCAGCUUCCCAGUGUUUAUGAAGCAGAACUUGUUUUACAACAGCUCAGGUGUUCCGGAGUUUCAGAGGUUGUUAGGAUGUCACGAUCUGGAUAUCCCACUAGGAUGACACAUCACGAGUUUGCAGGAAGGUAUGGGUUCCUACUUUCGAAGGCCACUGUUGCUGAGGAUCCAUUAAGUCUAUCCGUUGCUGUUCUACAACAGUUCAGUGUCCUCCCUGGAAUGUAUCAAGUAGGCUAUACAAAAGUGUAUCUACGACCAGGACAGAUUGCUCCAUUGGAGGAUAAGAGAAAUAGAGUUCUUCGAGGAAUAGUUUCUGUUCAAAAGUACUUUCGUGGUUACUGGGCUCGCCGUCAUUUCCAUCAAACCAAGAAAGGAAGCACAAAAUCACAAUCAAGUGUUCCUGGUGAAAAUGGUGGGUGGAAAGCUGAUACUCCUAAAGCUAGACGGAAGUCCAGCAGGAAGAAUUCUGAAGUGAAGGACGUGCAUUCAGAUUUAGCAGAGUUACAAAAGCGUGUGCUUCAGGCCGAGGCAACUCUGGUGCAAAAGGAAGAGGAAAAUGCUGAUCUGCAGGAGCAACUGCACCAGUUUGAAACAAGAUGGUCAGAAUACGAAGCAAAGAUGAAAUCAAUGCAAGAUAUCUGGCAAAAGCAGAUGUCCUCUUUGCAAGUGAGUCUUGCUGCAGCCAGGAAGAGUCUUACUUCUGACAAUACAGCUGCUCAACCUGGAAGAGUAGAUGUUUCUUCACCUCGAUAUGAUUCAGAAGAUGCCAUGUCAAUGGGAUCUCGGACUCCUGGUGCAAGCACUCCUAUCAAUGGGGUAGCGCGUGAGACAAACGGCACUUUGAAUGCUGUUGGAAAUCUGGUGAAGGAAUUUGAUCAGCGGAGACAAACAUUUGAUGAUGAAGUGAAAGCUCUGAUUGAGGUGAAAUCUGGGAGUUCUGAUGAAGAAUUAAAGAAACUUAAACACCGGUUCGAGUCAUGGAAGAAAGAGUACAAGGCAAGAUUACGGGAGACAAAGACAAGGCUCCAUAAACAUGGACAUAAACACGGACACUCAGACGACGAAAAGAAACGAAGGAAAUGGUGGGUUAUCUAGGUUUAGAUCAUCAUCAUUUUUGCUAUGGACCAAGAGCGAGAUACUAAGAGGAUGACUGGAGAAAGUAAGUCUCUCACUUCUCUCAAUACUCUCCCUGUUCAUAAACAUGGGCAUUCAGAAGAGGAAAAAGGUGAAGGAAAUGAUUGGGGGGAUUGAUGACGGCAAAACAGUCUGGAAUCUAGAAUUGAUGAUCCUCAUUGUUGUGCAAUGAACCAAAAGGAAGACACUAAGAGGAUGACUGGCGAAAGUAGGUCUCUCAUUACUCUCUACCUCUCCGUGUUCAAGAGCUGCUCUGUUUAUACAUAUGGUAGUAUAUAUUGGUGAAUUGUUGUGUGGAUUAGUGUAGGAAGAGACUAGUUUAUCAACCAAAUUUUUGUGACUUGGUGGAAACAUUGAGAAACAUGUGCAUAGCCAAUUAGGACAUUAUUUAGUGAUUUCAGCGUUCAAUAGUUAGGUCCUUUGUGUAUAUUCUGUUAUUGUUGUAGUUCAGUUCCGUGUAGAUCUUUGUUACUGAAGAGGUGGAAGGAAAAUGUUCACAUUUCCCUUUA